GAGACAGCGAGCAAGUGAGCGACAGAGAGAGCAGCGGCUCGCAACCUCGUACAAAUUGACAUUACUGUUUAAGCUGCCUUCAUUCAGUCACAAAAAAAAUCAUACAGAAAAGGUGGAAUCAACCAGCGCCUCACUCUUUUCAUUGCCAUACGCAGAGAGGGUUUUGGUUUGGUUUUACAUGGUAGCAAGAAUCAAGUUUAUAUUAAGUACAGCGCACUGAGGGAAUACAAGAAUGCUUCCGAACCACACACUCUGUAUGUUGUAUCUACUCCACAUCACGGCUGCAAUAGUUUCAGGUCUCGGGACUUUCCGAGAGGAAUCUGAGAUUGUUUUCCCGGCGGUUUUACCGAGUAGCCCAGGGGCCGGGGCUGAGGCCGGGACAACAUCCAGGGAAGUGCGCUCUAUCUCGGCCGGGGGCGAUGAAUAUGAAUCGCAGGAGUUUUAUCCACGGGAGUUACAGCCGCUCUUGGCCCCGGUACGGGCACUGCAGCUGAAGAUCCCAGCGUUUGGCCGAGAGCUGUACCUGAGCCUACGGCGGGACAGCCGCUUCUUAUCGGGCAGUUUCACGGUGCAUAGCCACCGGGGCCGCUCCCACAGCUCGCUGCUGCCUUCCCAAGCCGAGCUCUCCUGCUACUACAGCGGCUUCGUGCACUCUUACCGCGGCUCGCUCGCCUCCUUCAGUACCUGCGGGGGUCUGAUGGGGUUCAUUCAGAUUAACGAAGAGUUUAUAUUUAUUGAACCUCUGAAUCACACCUUGGCUGUAACAGGAUAUGCUCAUCGUGUUUACAGAAGAAAACGGUCAAUGGAUGAAAAAUCAGCAGAAAACCAAGCAUCACAACCAUUGUGUGGAGUUUAUACAGAUAAAAGAAAAUCCAAAAAUAGAAAACAAAUGGAGAGAGGAAGAGGCAGGAGAUACGCAUAUAAAUUAUCGCCUGACUAUAAUGUGGAGACUUUAGUUGUUGCUGAUACAGCAAUGGUCAACUAUCAUGGAGCUGAUGCUGUCAGAAGGUUCAUAUUAACUGUCAUGAAUAUGGUCUUCAAUCUGUUCCAACACAAAAGUCUUGGCAUUCAAAUGAACCUACGAGUGACAAAACUUGUUUUACUUCAUGAAACACCGGAAGACCUUUAUAUAGGCCACCAUGGGGAAAAGAUGCUGGAAAGUUUUUGCAAAUGGCAACAUGAAGAAUUUGGAAGGAAGAAUUAUUUCGAUAGUGAUAUGUCUCCCAGUUGGAGGGAAGAUUUACCUGCUGUUGAUGCAGCCAUCCUGAUAACGAGGAAGGAUUUUUGUGUGCAGAAAGAUGAACCCUGUGACACUGUUGGUAUAGCAUACCUUAGUGGGAUGUGCAGUGAAAGAAAGAAGUGUGUUCUUGCAGAGGACAAUGGACUGAAUCUGGCCUUUACAAUUGCUCAUGAGAUGGGUCACAAUAUGGGAAUGAAUCAUGACAAUGAUCAUCCAUCCUGUGCAGAUGGCCUCCAUAUUAUGUCUGGGGAAUGGAUUAAAGGACAGAAUUUGGGGGAUGUUUCCUGGUCCCAGUGCAGCAGAGAUGAUCUGGAAAGAUUUCUCAGGUCAAAGGUCAGUAAUUGUUUACUGCACACAGAUCCUCAAAGCCUCAAUUCAGUGAUGUUGUCAUCCAAGUUGCCAGGCAUGAUCUACACAGCAGAUGAACAAUGUCAGAUUCUCUUUGGCCCUUCAGCUUCUUUCUGCAAAGAGAUGCAGCAUGUCAUAUGUACCGGGCUAUGGUGUAAAGUAGAUGGUGAGCAGGAAUGCAAAACCAAACUAGACCCACCACUUGAUGGAACAGAAUGUGAAAGAGAAAAGUGGUGUAAAGUUGGUGAAUGUGUUAGUAAGGCACCUCUUCCAGACCACACAGACGGAGAAUGGAGUAUCUGGAGUAUAUGGAGUACUUGUAGUCGAACAUGUAAUGUGGGAGUGCACUUCCGCCAGCGUAAAUGUGAUAACCCAAGGCCUGGUCCUAAAGGCAAGAAUUGCCAGGGUUCGCGUGUGCAGUACAGGACAUGCAAGAAUCCUCCUUGUCCUGCCGGAGUGCCAAAUUUUCGGGACUUGCAGUGCCAAUCAUUCAACAGGCCAUCAUAUCAAAAGCAUUCCUUGCAGUGGUAUGCCAUCAUUAACAGAGAUCCAUUCAACCAGGACCUUUACAUUGGUACAGAGAUUAAGCGUAUGUUUAUAAUGCAGCCACAGGCCAAAGUUUAUCAGAAAAAAAUUGGCUGUGAUGGCAUGUUAGAUUCCUCAGCCAGAGAAGAUCAUUGUGGAGUGUGCAAUGGGAAUGGAAAAUCAUGUAAAGUUAUAAAAGGAGACUUUAAUCACACAAGAGGGGCAGGCUAUGUGGAAGCUCUGGUGAUACCUGCAGGAGCAAGGAGGAUACGAGUUGUUGAAGAGAAACCAGCUCACAGUUACCUUGCUCUCCGAGAUGCCAGCAAACAUUCCAUUAAUAGUGACUGGAAGAUUGAACAUCCAGGAGCAUUUAACAUUGCUGGAACGACAGUCCACUAUGUAAGAAGAGGAUUCUGGGAAAAGAUUUCUGCAAAAGGUCCAACCACAUCUCCUCUACAUUUAUUGGUGCUACUUUUUAAUGAUCAGAAUUAUGGCAUUCACUACGAAUACACAAUUCCGAUUGAGCCAGGUCCCGGAAAUCACAGUGCAAAGGCUAAUGUUCCUCUCUUUAUGUGGACUCAUUCUGGCUGGGAAGAUUGCGGUGCCAUGUGUGGAGGAGGAGAAAGAAAAACACUUGUGACUUGUACAAAAAUCAUGAGCAAAACUACAACUAUUGUGGACAAUAGAAAAUGCAAACAGCUGAAAAAGCCUGAGUCACUAGUACGCAAGUGUAAUCAGCAGCCAUGUCAGACCAGGUGGAUGAUGACAGAAUGGACACCAUGCUCACGGACGUGUGGUAAAGGAAGUCAAAGCCGACAAGUGGCCUGUACCCAGCAGCUCCGAAAUGGAACUUUCAUCAGAGCUCGAGAAAGAGACUGUUCCAGACCAAAACCUACUUCUCUCCAGCACUGUGAAGGUCAGGACUGUCUGACAGUGUGGGAAGCUGGAAUAUGGUCAGAGUGUUCUGUGAAAUGUGGCAAGGGGGCUCGACAUCGAACAAUAAAGUGUACCAAUCCACGCAAGAAAUGCGAUUUAUCAACCCGCCCAAAGGAGGCAGAAGACUGUGAAGAUUACUCAAAGUGCUAUGUCUGGAGAACAGGAGACUGGUCUAAGUGUUCCGUUACCUGUGGAAAAGGAAUGCAAUCACGAGUAAUCCAGUGUAUGCACAAAGUGACAGGAAGACAUGGAAGUGAUUGCUUCCUAUCAGAAAAGCCUGCAGCCUAUAGACCUUGCCAUUUAAAACCAUGCAAUGAAAAAGUCAAUGUGAACACUAUCACAUCACCCAGACUAGCUGCUUUGACAUUUAAAUGUUUGAAGGACCAGUGGCAAGUGUAUUGCAAAAUAAUACGAGAGACGAACCUCUGUCAAGACAUGAGGUGGUAUCAGCGUUGCUGUGAGACCUGUAGAGACUUCUAUGCACAAAAGCUACAGCAUAAGAGUUGACAUCACCUUUCACAU